AUGACUGCUCCAAAGAGCUUCUUCAAGGAUAUGUUAAAAGUUUACACCAAUGCAACACUUGGUGACAUGUUCACACAAUCUGUUAUCCACGGCCUUAAAGGUGAUGCUGAAGGAUUGAAAUUCGGUGAAGCAUUAUUACAUGGUAUGCAAACAGGCACAACAUUUGUUGCUUAUCCAAUUGCUGUACACUUACUUGAGAAGCAUUCAGAGACAUUCAGACACCAUUAUCACGAUGAAGAUGGAUGCAAGGUUGCUGCUUACGUCGCUGGUGGUAUUGGCGCAGCUGGUAUCGUUGCUCUCGUUAACUACCCACUUGAGAAACUGAGAAAGCGCGCUCAGAAGGAACAACAAACCGAAACCUUCCGCUUCUACUUUGCUGGCCAAGUUGGUCCAAAUAUUGGUGCUGCAUUUGCCUCAGAGUUAAUUGAACCAGCAUUACCAGUCUUUAAGAACUCAUUGUACAACUGGGCAAGAGGCCAGAUGUUAAAUGCUUCCAUCAACUUAAGUGCUACUCUUGGCUAUGCACCAUUUGCUGCUAUCACUGGCCAAUCAUUAUCCGAGUUGUUCGGUGGUUAUGUUAUUGAUAUGUUCCCAAGUGGUAUUCUUAAUGAUUCAGUUGGCUACAUCUCAUCCAUUUGGUAA